AUGUGGCACGAAGCACGAAAACAAGAUAAAUUGAUCCGGAGUAAGAUGGUGGAUGCCGCCAAACGCUCGGAAAGAAGACGAAAUUACUAUGAGAGUGUUGUAAGUUCUUCAUUAAUUUUUUUUGUCAUCAUUGGACACACCGUUCUGUAUUGUUGACUGAUUGAGUGUUGCCGGGCCAUAAUGUAUAAGUUAAUGACAAUUCAAAAUCUUCAGAGAAAAGAUCCAGAACAAUUCAUGCAGAUCCACGGCCGAAAGUGCAAGAUCCAUGUGGAUCCGAACAUUGCCUCGGCUGCUUCGAACGUUUUGUAAGUCAUUUUUUUCAUUGACUCUUGGUUUCUAGACGAAAAUGGCAAGGAGAUUCGAACAUCUUGAUUGAUCGCUUUGAUGUCCGAGCUCAUCUCGAUUCAAUCGACGAAUCAAAACACAAAAAGACAACGUUAUCACAGGAAGAAGAGGUUGAAGAAAUACAGUGUGACUUUGAGAGGUACAAGAUUGUAAUUCUGAAUGAGUUCGAGGGCAUUGAUCAGACCGAGUCCUUGAAUAACAUUGCCGAAAAGGAGUUCUGGGAUGAUCGAAGGAAGGAUAAUUCCAAAGACAAGAAGAAGUGAGUUUUAUAUUGUAUGUUAUAUUGGUUUAGGAAGAAGAAGAAGGAAUCGGCCGCCAUUUCAUUCUCAUACGGCGAUUCGGCCGUUCUGCCGGGAUCUUCGAACGAACCAGAAGAUGAUGAAGAUUCAGAUGCCGAAGUUGUUGAUGGAAUUGGUAAGUGGCUACUAACUUUUUGUUUAUUGGAUUUUAGAGAAAGAGUUCGAUGUGAACCGAUUGACCGCCGAAAAAGGAGUGGAAUUGAACAAAGUGGGCGCCAGCUUUGGAAGAAUGGGCACGGUGUUCAUGGACCUCCUCCGGAUCGACCAGAAAGAACAAGCUGAAGCCGCCGAAAUAAAGGAAAUUGACAAAGCGAAGCUCUCACUCUCUGUUGGUUACUUGUUCCCAUUUUCGAACUCCCAUCUCCAUAUGAUGUUAUGUUAUCCAUCGAUUUUAGGGAAAGAAUAGUAAAGGAGAACGAGCCCGCCUCAAGAACAGGAGAGCGGCUCUUCUUUCCCAAUUCAACACAAAUGAAGAUGCGGCCAAGACAGUUCUGGGAUUGUUGCAGAAGGAAGUGAAGGCAAGGAGAAGGUCAGUUAUAUUGUGUUUAGUGAUUAUAUCACUUUAGGGAUUCUUCAUCGGAAUCAGAAGAGGAAAGAGGACAUUCGUUGGUGAUUGGGGGAGAUUCGGGUGUCAGGGAGUACGGUAAUAGCCGACUAAACCUCUUAAGACGGGAUAGUGAUGAUGAUGAAGAGAAGAAAAGAUUACGGUAAGAACUACAGAAUAUUACUGAAAUUGGUGUUUAGAGAGUUGAAGAACCGAAGAUCCAGUUCUCCGGACUUUGGAGACUCGGACAUAGAAGUUAAAGUCCCCAAACCCCCGACAAGGGAGUCAAGUAAAGUAAGUGUAAUAUCAGCAAUCAUUAUUGUUUAGGAGUCGGAUAGUGAUAACUGUGAACCCUUGGAAAUAAGAUCAAGUAUGAGUGAGUCAGAACAGGAGCGACGGGAAAUUGAGAACAGAAAGCGAAGAAUCAAGAGAACAAAGAAAAUGGUAAAAGAGCGACAAAAAUAUGAUGACAAAAGUGAGGAUGAAGGCCUAAAGAAGGCGGAAAUGGCUGAAAGAUUGCGCAAAAAGAUGGAGAAGAAGUUGAAUAAAAGAGCGCAACAAUUGAAGACUGAAGAGAGAAACAAAAUUAAGGAAAAAGAAGCUGAGCAGAGGGUGAGUAUAUUAUGAAUUAUUGAGACUUUGAGCUCCAGGAAAGAGAUGAACUUUUGUCCGAAGAUGCCAAAGCCCUCAGGGAAAGAGAACGUGGGAAAAGAAGAGAGUUGGAUGGAUUGAAUGGACGGUCAUCAAGCUCCAGCUCAAGAAGUAGGAGCAGAAGUAGGGAAAGGAAAAGAAGAAGAUCGAGAUCAAGAUCGAUGGAACGAAGAGACAGGGAAAAGAGACGGAGAAGCAGAUCAAGAAGUCGAGAAAGGGAUAGAAGACGUAGAAGAAGUAGAAGUCGGAGUAGAGAGAGACAUCGAAGUUACAGAAGGUGAUUGUCUUCGUAAUUAUGUCGUUUGUAACUUUGAACAAAAAACUUUGUUAUCCAAGCAAUAA